AUGGCAGGAGACAUCGCUGGCUUCUUCUCCGCGUUCGUGGAGAAAAGGAGUGAUACGGCGGCUUACGGCUCACGCGCCGAGAAAUGCGCCGAGAAACGCGCGGGGGUACGAGCCGGGCUGAAUGGCUUCGUCACUGUUGGGUUUCGUCCGUCCUGGAUCGCAGACGGAGCCGCUCCUCAGCAGCGCAGCGAGCUUCGCAGACGGGGGUUCAAAGGUCGGACUGGUCCAUCGAAAGCUGUACCAAGCCGAAUUCGAAUUGGGGUGUCCAAUGAACAAGUGAUUCGGGAACCAAGCCUGAAAGAUCUUGAUGAACAAUGGCUGGGCCAAAAAAAAACACAACAAGGCCUCAUCCUCGUCUCAGCGUCCUCGUCCUUUGCUCCGCCAGGUUCUUAUGCGGCCGAGAUGCUUCGAAAGGUUCACAUCGAUCACGUGUGGCGCAGCCCGGUGCUGUGCGGAGAGGCGGAGGAGUUUCGGGGAAAACGUUUGCACCGAGGUCCGCAUCCGACGGUGGCGCCACACACUGAAGUGAGAUGCUGGGACAACUUUGUCCCAUACAAUUUGCAGCGCCAGGUCUUCUUUCUCCACACACCCAAGGCGGCGGGAUGUUCUAUCGUGGAUGAUUUGAGCCACAUGGUGGGACGACAUCAGAUCUACACCCAAGAGACCUGCUUCAGCGUGCAGACAGUUGGCACCUUUGAGACGUCAGUGAUGAUGGUGAGGCAUCCAAGAGAACAUGUCUUUGCUUUGUACCAGGAGUGCGACCAAGCCACUGGUCCUGGCUACCACAAAUGGGCCAAUGCUCUUCACAUGCUGAAGGGCCAAGAAAAUCAUCACCUGCCCAGCAACUUCAGUGGAUGGGUGGAGGAAUGGACCGAAAAGCCUCACUUCUACGACCAUAUCAUUUGGGCGGACAAAGACAUGUGCUACUGCCCCUACAACCUUCAGUCGGCCCGCUUGGUGUGCGAUGUCGACUUGAAUUCCACGUCCGGCUCGGUGGCGGGGGUGAACUUUUGCCGCAAGGAGAUUGACUUGGACUUGGCUGUGAAGAACAUGAAGGCCACGACUUUGGUGGGCGUGACUGAGGCCUAUCACGAGUCCCUAUGUUUAUUCCAUGCCUAUUUCUUGGACUCGUUGCCGGCACAUUGCCACUGUGAUCGUCCAAGCUGGAAGACCUAUGUCGACACACGAGAAGAUCAUGGAGUGGCCUACCAGGACUCGGUGGAGGAUGAGUCCGAAGAGGUUCUGCAGAAAUUGGAUGAUCUCACCCGACUUGACCAGGCUCUCUACAAGGCAACGGUCGAGCGCUUCGUCCGCGACGUGGAGGAGGUGGAGAAGCGCUUUGGGGCAAAGAUCCUGUGCGAGAAGCAGAGGCAGAUGCUACAUCAAAAGACCAUCUUCGAGUGA